UCUAAACUCAUUUGUGUCUCUCUCUCGAAUCUGAAGCUGUCUUGUGGUGAGCAGACCCGUUUAAAGUUUUAAUCCAUGUGAACGCGGUACCAGACCCGGAAGAAGAGGCAAGGAGGGAGAGCCACUGCCAGCGAACACCGCCCCGGGGCAAACACAGGCAGAGCAGAGGAGAUGUGUCGUUGCCGGUGGGAUAUAUCCUGCCUGCCGACCGCGCUGGUCAUCUGGUCAUCCGCCGCCUUCAUUAUAUCAUUCAUCAUAGCCGUGUGCGACGGGCACGUUUCUCCGUUCAUACCAUUCAUUAGUGAUACCGGGGCAACCCCUCCAGAGAGUUGUGUGUUUGGAAUAAUGGUAAAUAUCUCCGCCUUUCUAGGUGCGUUCACUAUGUAUGUUCAAUACAAGAUGCUGCAAGCAGUAAAUGAGGCAAAUCCCAUCAUUUCACCCCACUGGAAUCGUGCUGCGCUUGUACUCGGUUUGCUGGGUAGUCUUGGGAUGUGCAUCGUGGCAAAUUUCCAGGAGACCACUGCGAGAAUAGUCCACGACAUUGGUGCUUUGCUUACCUUUGGCAUGGGAACUCUAUAUCUCACUUUGCAGACCUAUAUUUCCUACAGAAUGCAGAAUCUGUGUAACAAUCACACAGUGUUUCUCGUUAGGAUAGUACUGAUGGGAGUGUCAGGGGCGGCCUUCAUCAUCAUGCUCGUCUGCUACUUCUUAAGUGGACAAUCAAAUUUCAACUGGAAGCCAGCGGACAAGGGUUAUGGCUGCCACGUAGCCAGUGCAGUUUGUGAGUGGAUCGUCGGCUUCUGCUUUAACUUCUUCUUCAUGACCUUUAUCAGAGACUUUCAGAAAUUUUCUCUACGUAUUAAAACGGAGAUAAUUGAUUUUGAUGAUGAGAUAACUCCUAUUCUCCACAGCCACCGAUGUCAGUGACCUCUCUGAGACGGUCUGAAGAUGUGGCGUGGCAGAGAGGAAUCAGCAUAAUUAUCAUCAGUAUCUUUCUCGUAUUUUAAGAUGUUUUGCACUUCCAGACAUUCCACAUGGGCAAUACUAAACUCCAGAAAUAGGCACAGUACUCUGAAUAAACAUGACCAGCCAGCUCCAGGAGGACACAGAAACAAUUUAAGGAUCAUCAAAAACAGACUAACACCCAGACCAACUGGUGGGAGUUACUGGUCCAUCGCCUCUGAUAUCAUCAUAGGAGCAAAUAGGGAGGAUCUAAGAACAAAGACUUUCUUCAACCGAGGCACCAGAAGCCUUACCUAACAGGAAAUGGAGCCUCUAGCAAUCCAAACAAAAGAUUAACUUACACAACCAACACACAUCAAAGUUGCCGGUGAACGCAGCAGGCCAGGCAGCAUCCUGACGAAAGGUCUCGGCCCGAAAUGUCGACUGCACCUCUUCCUAGAGAUGCUGCCUGGCCUGCUGCGUUCACCAGCAACUUUGAUGUGUGUUGCUUGAAUUUCCAGCAUCUGCAGAAUUCCUCAUGUUUGCGUUUUUAAAAGAUUAGCUUUAUUUGUCACAUGUACACCACAACAUAGUGUGAAAUGUGUUGUUUGUGUCAACGAGCGAUUCAGUUUGAGGAUGCAGCCCGUAGGUGUUGCCGACACAGCGCGUCCACAACUCACGAACCCGAACCCGAACUCGAACACCUUUGGACUGUGGGUGGAAACUGGUCCAUCUGAAGGAGAGCAACGUGGUCAUGGGGAGAACAUACAGACACAGGCAGGAAUGAAUGCAGGUCACAGGUGCUGUUAUAGUGUUAUGCUAACCUCAAUGCUAAAACUGUAAUCCCAUCUGGCCUAGCCGUGCUCUAGUCUACGGAUCCCAGCACAGCUUGGAGAAAGAGAUGCAGGUCGUCCCACAACACACUUUUCUGCUCAGGAAGAAAUAAUCCCAAAACUAUGUAACACCCUUAAAGUUGUAAAACACCUAGAAAGUUCACAAGAACAACAUUUUUCACAAGAUAUUUAUAUGUGGCUAUCAAUUUGGAGAAAAUGUUAAGUCAUAACGAGUGAGAAAGUGUUAGGAUAGGAAACUCCCAAACGUUUCUCAGCGAGGCAGCACAGGAACUUUUACCUCACAGCUUCUAGGGUAUGGCACUGGCUGGAUGGGGUCUGCACGUUCUCCCUGUGACAACAUUCGGCCCACAAUGUUGUGCUGAACCAAACUAAUUAGUAAUCAAAUGGCCAAUUAAAUUAUUCUGUUCUGUCUACACAAUGUCAGUAUCCUUCCAUUUUCCUCACGUUCAUCUGCCUACCUAAAUGUCUCUUAAAAAUCUCUGAUGUUUCUGCCUCUAAUAUCACCCCAGGCAUCCACCACUCUCUAUGCAAAAAAAACCUGCACCUCACAUCUCCUUUGAAAUUGCCCCCUCCCAUCUUAAAUGCAUGCCCUCUGGUAUUAGAUAUUUUGACCCUGGGGAAAAUAUACGGUGCAUCUAUUCUAUUUAUGCCACUCAUAAUCUUAUAAACUUUUUCUCAGCCUCUGCUGCCCAGAGAAAAGGACACAAGUUUGACCACUCUCUCGUUCUAGCAGAUGCCUCUAAUCCAGGCAGCAUCCUGGUAAACCUCUCCAAAGCCUCAACAUCCUUCCUAUAAUGGGCCGAUGUGAACUGUAUGCAAUGCUCCAGAUGUGGCUUAACUAGAGUUUUAUAAAGCUGCAACAUAACACAGUGCCUCGACUAGUAACGGCAAGCAUGCCAUAUGCAUUCUUAACCACCCUAUCAACCUGAGUAGCCACUUUCAGGAAGCUAUGAACAUGGACCCCAAGAUCCCUCUGCUCAUUAACACUAUUUAGUAUCUUGCUCUUGACAGUGUACCGUCUCUUCACAUUUCAUCUUCCAAGGUGCAAUUUGUCACGUGCCCUGUGGUUCGUGUAUGUUUCAGUAUGGUCACCUCUCAUUCUUCUAAAACUCUAAAGGAUAUUGCUGUAACUCCUCUAAUCACUUGUUCUCCCCGUGACAGUACUGGUUUCCCUCCAGCUGCUCCGCUUUCCAAAGGGAUGAGGGUUCGAAGGUUAACUGGCGGUUGUAAAUUGUUCUGUGUGUGAUGGUGGGGGCAGGGGACAUUGACGGCAAUGUAGCGAGAAUGAAAAUUAGACUAGUGUAAAUGGUUGUUUCAUAGUUGUCAGGGAUUUAAGCAGAACGAACCGUCUGUAUGGUGCAUCAGUCCAUGGCAGUCUGUCUACCACCAGUGGACUAUCCCAGCAGAAGUACACUGCAAUUGUGCUACAAAACAUGCACUUUCAAUGAGGAACGGACUUUAAGAAGAUAUAGUGUGUAUCAAUGAAAAUCAUGCUCAUUUUUGAAACGAUAAAGUAAUAGGUGAAUAAUUAUCAGCAGAGUCACUGAAACCCUGUUUGUUACUCCCCAUUAUAAACACAAGAGAUUCUGUAGAUGCUGGAAAUCCAGAGCGACACACACUAUUUUUUUUAAAAUGUGGCACAGAAAGAGUUGGAGAGCAUUACCAAGAAAGGCUUGGGACAUGGACUGUUCCAUGAAGACAACGAAAAGGGAGGCACAGCUGAAGCCCUCACAAGUACCCCUGCUUACAGCUUGAAUUUAGAGGAAGUUGGAGAAGCUGGAAGAUUUUAAAAUAAUGUAGCACAGAAAGAGUUGGAGAGUAUUACCAGGGAAGGCUUGGAACAUGGACUGGUCUACGCAGCCAAUGAAACGCAUGAAGAGUUGGGGAGCAUUACCAGGGAAGGCUUGGAACAUGAACUGUAACAUUUUGUGUGUGUUACUUCCCCACCCCUGUCCCAUACAAUUACUGAGUAAUACUUGUAAAACAAAGUCAUUACAAAUACUCCCAUGCAAAAAAGUACACAUUUUUGAACACUUAACAGUUUAAAUAUCCUUAAUUACAAUGCAGCAGUAGCAUAGCAGAUACACAUAAAGACUUUUUUGUCAGUUCCUCCUAAGACUGCAAUCUCUAUCUUCCAGUGGGAGAAGGGUACCAGGCAAAUGGAGACUACACCACUUGCAAGUUCUUGCUGAAACUGCACACUUUCUGACUGCAAAACAGCACUCAGUUGGGAUCUGAAUCCAGUAACACUCCAGAAAUAUUAAAUAUGAAAGAUUAGCAUAAUUUGUCAAAUGUAUAUUGAAACAUACAGUGAAAUGCGUCAUUUGCAUCAACAACCAACACAGUCCAAAGAUGUGCUGGGGGCAACUGACAAGUGUUGCUAUGCAUCUUUGCCAACAUAGCAUGCCACAUUACUAACCCUAACACGUAUGACUUUGGACUGUGGGAGGAAACCAGAGUACCUGGAGGAAACCCAUAUGGUCAUGGAGAGAAUGUACAAACACCUUAGAGGCAGUGGUGGAUAUUGGUGGAUAUCCCUAAUCACUGGUACUACAAAGCGUUACACUACGCUACUGUGCUGCAGAGCAUAGUUAUCAAAGCUCUUUCUAAAUUCCUGUGAUCUCCUCCAGCCCUACAUCUCAUCCAGAUCUCUGUGCUCCUCCAAUUCUGGCUUCUUGUUCACUCUGGAUUUAAUUGCUCUCCAUCGGCACUGUGUCUUCAGCUGCCUAGAAGCCCAUCUCCAGAAAUCCUUCGCUAAACCUCUCCCCCAUCCCUUUAACCAAGCUUUUCAUCAGCUCCCUUAAUAUCUCCCAUGGACCUCUGUCAGAUUUUGCCUUCCAGUGCUCUGGCAAGUGCAUCUGAGGAUUUUAGACCAUAAGAUAUAGGAGCGGAAAUAGGCCAUUCGUCCCAUCGAGUCUGUGCCGCCAUUCCACCAAUACUGAUUUAUUAACCUUCUCAAUCCCAUUCUCCCGCCUUCUCCCUGUAACCUUUGAUGCCCUGACUAACCAAGAACCUGUCAAACUCAGCUUUAAGUAUACUCAGUGAUUUGGUCUCUACUGCCGUCUGCAAUGAUAAAUGUGUAUAUAUAUAUAUAUUUCUGUAACCGUUCAAAUCAGAUUUUCUCACAGAAACCUCAGAUUUGGUUAAUCCCAAUGCUGGUUUUUUAAGACACAUCAAUACCAACAGAAAACUGAGUUGAGUUCAAUAGGAAUGCAAAUCUAACAAAGAAGAUUAAUUGAAAUAUUUUAUGAUUUGACUUAUAAACCAGUUGGUGAAAUUUUGAUAGAACUUUAUUUGAAAUGGUUAUGAGAAUUUAUACAUAUGUCUAUUUUACAGUACUGAAGUUUCAUUAUUGUUUGUU